AUGCAGGCCCUAGCAGCUGCCCCCAAGCUGGCGAUGCCGGGGUGCCGGGCGCCCCUGCCGGGGCGGGCGCUCGCGCUGGCGCCCCUGCGCCACCACCCGCAGCCCCGCCGCGUGCAGCGGCAGCGGCCGCAGCAGCAGCGGCUGGUGGCCACCCAGGCCUUUCUGUCCACCGACACACUGGUGGGCCUGGCCAUCUUCUUCUCCCCCAGCGUGGCAGCCCUCAUCUACGCCUACAUCAAGGGCAAGGGCAACCUGACCGACGGGCUCAGCCGCCUGCUGACAGACGUGUCGCAGGGCUACUUCCAGCCCGAUGUGGGCGGCAAGAACAUCCCGGUGGCGCAGGGCGAGCUGUCUGACCUGGCGGGAGACGAGCCGCUGUUCAAGGCGCUGUACAAGUGGUUCAUUGAGAGCGGCGGCGUGUUCAAGCUGGAGUUUGGGCCCAAGGCCUUCAUCGUGAUAUCAGACCCGCUGGUGGUGCGGCACCUGCUCAAGGAGAACUACACCAACUACGACAAGGGGGUGCUGGCGGAGAUUCUGGAGCCCAUCAUGGGCAAGGGCCUCAUCCCCGCCGACCUCGAGACCUGGAAAGUGCGGCGGCGUGCCAUCGUGCCAGGCUUCCACAAGGCCUACCUGGACGCCUGCGUGGCCAUGUUUGGGCGCUGCACGCAGCACACGGUGGACAAGGUGGAGGCGGCACUGGCGGCGGCCUCCCCUGCCCCCGACGGCAGCCAGGGGGCCGCGGUGCUGGACAUGGAGACUGAGUUCCUCAACCUGGGGCUGGACAUCAUCGGCCUGGGGGUCUUCAACUACGAGUUUGGCUCCAUCACCUCAGAGUCCCCCGUCAUCGAGGCGGUGUAUGGGGUGCUGAAGGAGGCUGAGCACCGCUCCACCUUCUACAUUCCCUACUGGAACCUGCCGCUCACAAAGUACCUGGUGCCACGUCAGCGCCAAUUCAACGCUGACCUGGCGGUCAAGGACGCCAGCCUGCUGCGGUUCUUGGUGGAUAUGCGAGACGCUGACCUGGAGGCCAAGCAGAUGCGGGACGACCUCAUGACCAUGCUGAUCGCGGGCGAGUGGCGGCGUGCCGCUGCCCUGCGCCUGUGCCACGAGACGACGGCGGCUGUCUGCACCUGGACGCUGUUCUGCGUGGUGCAGGAUGAGCGGGUGGAGGGCAAGGUGCUGGCGGAGAUUGAUGCGGCGGUGGGGGACCGUGUGCCUACCUGGGACGACUUUGCCAACCUGCCCUACACCCGCAUGACCAUCGCAGAGGCGAUGCGCCUGUACCCGCAGCCGCCCAUCCUCAUCCGCAGGCAAGCGGGCGCUGGAGGCUGGGUGCGGGUGGCGCUGGGCGAGGAUGUGCUGCCUGCCGGGCUGGGCGGCGACCCCAAUGGCUACCCCAUCGGCAAGGGCGCAGACCUGUUCAUCUCUCUGUGGAACCUGCACAGGUCGCCCCACCUGUGGAAGGACCCGGACACCUUCCGGCCAGAGCGCUUCACAGGCCAGUUGGGGGAGCGGUUUGUGAACGCCGCGUUUGGCGGCAAGUGGGCUGGGUACACCCCCGGCGGGGAGGGCUCCUCCCUCUACCCCAACGAAGUCUCCUCCGACUUUGCCUUCCUGCCCUUUGGCGGCGGCGCGCGCAAGUGCAUCGGCGACCAGUUUGCCGUCACCGAGGCAGCGCUGAUCCUGGUCAUGCUGCUGCGCCGCUUCCGCUUCAGGCUGCAGGACCCGCAGGGGGUUGGCAUGGCCACGGGGGCCACCAUCCACACGGCAAACGGCCUCAAGUGCACGGUGGAGCGGCGAGUGGCGGCGGCCACGGCGGCGGCAGAGCCUGCCCUGGCAAACUGA